AUGGAAGCUGAGAUUUCUGAAACCAAGGCCCAGCUAAACAGGAUUCAAGAUGCCCAGAGGAUCAUGCAGGACAAUUUCCGGGCGGUAAAAGAAGGACUGGACUUCGAACUAUCAGAUAUAUUCACCAAAAUGGACGCCAACCAUCGUCAAGUACAGAUUGGGUUGGAAAACCAGUCUUGCGAGAAGACAAUCACGCGAAAGGAAUACGAUGAGGAACUCCAGGUUUUUAAGAGCAAAAUGGAAGAAAGAUUGAAGGCGCAGACGAACUCUCAAAAUAUGGUUAUUGGCCAACUUUCAACAGAGCAGACCAAACUGGAAGACCAGCAGGCAAACAUCGAAAAGUCUAUCGAAAAUAUCAUCUCCCAACCAGGCUGUGCGAAAUCCUGCGAAAAUACCAUUUCAAAGGAAGAACUUGAGGCAAGUUUGCAGGCGAUUUUCAAGGUAGCGGAGGAAAAGCUUCUUUUGGUUAAGUCCAGUCUACAGGAGUUGCAGUUAAAAUUAGAAGGGCAGGAACCAGCUCAUGAGAAAUUUUCUAAAGCAACAUCUUCCAACGACAAUUUAAAAAUUCCACCGAAUUUUGAGAGGAUAAGUGGGAGGCACUUUUAUAUUGAAAAUAAUAUUAAGAAAAAUUGGUCAGACGCUGCAGAAACCUGUCGAAAUAUGGGCGGCUAUUUGGCAGCCAUCGAAAACGAAACCGAAUUCGAGAUCAUCAAUAGGAAACUAUUAAAAAAUACUGAGUAUUGGCUUGGCCUCAACGAUAAGGAAAAAGAAGGUGAAUUCGUGUCUUUGGCCUCCGGAAAGAAUGAUAGAUUUUUGUUGUGGGAUGCCAAGCAAAACAAUCAAAAUAUAAACUGCGUUCAGCUACUUGACGAAAAGAUGAGUGUUAAAUACUGCUUUCAUAGGUAUUUGUUCAUUUGUCAAUCUGAUAAUAAAGUUUAG